AGCCCCAAACGACUUGCCCGUUAAUUUUGGUUCUGUAUUCAACUGCCCCCCUCAAACCCUUCCUCCCGCUUCUUCUUUCCAUUCGAAAUCCCUCUCUCUCUCUCUCUCUCUCUCUCCUCUACACGCAUUCUAUUGUUCUCACACCCCAGCAUUUGUCUCUAUUUAUAUACAGUCAGGUGUAUGCCAAGGAGGACUCACUUUUCUGAUCGAACAGUUGAUCAGAGCAAGUGUUAGAAGAGAGAUACAGAGGAGGAAGACAAAGCCCUACCUACUUCAACUGAAAUCAAAGUGAUUUCUGAUUUUCUCUUUGAUCGAGACAUAAUGGCACUGGAAAUUACCCAGUAUCUAUUGUCUGCUCAAUCACCCGAUGCUAAUAUCCGAAAUGAGGCAGAGACUACUCUCAGUCAGUUCCGGGACCAAAACUUGCCUGGAUUUCUGCUGUCAUUAUCUGUUGAACUCGCAAAUGAUGGCAAACCGACUGAGUCUCGUAGACUUGCUGGUAUCAUCCUCAAGAACUCCUUGGAUGCUAAAGAAGCUGCAACAAAGGACCAACUUGUCCAGCAAUGGGUAGCUAUCGAACUUUCUUUUAAAUCCCAGAUAAAAGUCUCUCUUUUAAACACUCUUGGCUCUUCAGUCCGGGAAGCGAGCCACACUGCUGCCCAGGUAGUUGCUAAGAUAGCUUCAAUAGAAGUUCCCCGGAAAGAAUGGCCUGAACUCGUAGGAUUGUUACUUGCCAACAUGACUCAGCCAGAUAGGCCUGCAUCCCUGAAACAGGCUACCCUAGAAACACUUGGUUACGUAUGCGAGGAGAUAUCUAAUGAAGAUCUUGUGCAAGAUGAAGUAAAUGCUGUUCUAACAGCUGUUGUUCAAGGAAUGAAUGUCACAGAGCAAAACUCUGAGGUCCGACUUGCUGCAACUAGGGCCCUGUAUAAUGCCCUUGAUUUUGCACGGACCAACUUUGAUAAUGAGAUGGAGAGGAACUAUAUAAUGAAGGUGAUUUGUGAUGCUGCGCUGGCAAAAGAGACAGAUAUCAGACAGGCUGCAUUUGAAUGUCUAGUUUCCAUUGCAUCAACAUACUAUGAGGUACUUGAACCCUACAUGCCAAGGAUCUUUGAGCUUACCUCUAACGCAGUGAAAGGAGAUGAAGAAGCUGUUGCCCUUCAAGCAGUAGAGUUUUGGAGCUCCAUUUGUGAUGAAGAAUUGGAGAUUCAAGACUACGAGGUUCCUGAGAGUGGGGAUUCUAGUGCUCCACACUCUCACUUUAUUCAGAAGGCUCUACCAACUUUAGUCCCUAUGCUGCUAGAAACUCUACUUAAACAGGAUGAGGAGCAAGAUCAGGAGGAUGGAAUUUGGAAUCUAGCCAUGGCUGGGGGCACAUGUCUUGGUCUUGUCGCUAGGACUGUUGGCGAUGCUAUUGUUCCUCUUGUAAUGCCUUUUGUAGAAAUCAACAUAUCAAAGACUGACUGGCGAUCGCGGGAAGCAGCAACAUAUGCAUUUGGCUCAAUCCUUGAAGGACCGAGCAUUGAGAAAUUAUCACCUAUGGUAAAUGCUGGGCUGGAGUUUUUGCUCAAUGCAAUGCAUGAUGAAAAUAGCCAUGUGAAAGACACUACUGCAUGGACUCUUAGUCGUAUCUUUGAGUUACUGCACUCACCAGCUACCGGUUUCUCUGUGAUUACCCCUGGUAACCUUCAAAGGAUCUUGGGUGUCUUGUUGGGGAGCAUAAAAGACGCUCCACAUGUGGCAGAGAAGGUCUGUGGAGCCAUAUAUUUUCUUGCUCAGGGAUAUGAAGAUGCUGGGCCGAGCUCUUCACUGCUCACCCCCUACCUUCCAGAUAUCUUGAACAGUUUGAUUGCCACAGCUGAACGUACAGAUGGCAGUGACUCUAAGUUGAGGUCUUCUGCAUAUGAAACCUUGAAUGAGGUUGUUAGGUGUUCGAACCUUUCAGAGACAUCUCAGAUAAUUUCCAAACUUCUGCCUGCCAUCAUGUCUAAGUUGGAACAAACGCUAAAUCUUCAGAUUUUAUCAUCCGAUGACAGGGAAAAGCAAGGAGAUUUGCAAGCCUCUCUUUGUGGUGUUCUUCAGGUUUUGAUCCAAAAACUAAGCAGCGCUGAUGAAACUAAGCCUAUAAUACUGCAAGUGGCUGAUCAGAUGAUGCUGCUUUUCCUAAAUGUAUUUGCCUGCCGUAGUUCUACUGUCCAUGAAGAAGCUAUGCUUGCUAUUGGUGCACUGGCGUAUGCAGUUGGACCAGAAUUUGGGAAGUACAUGCAAGAGUUCUAUAAGUAUCUAGAGAUGGGUUUGCAGAAUUUUGAGGAAUAUCAGGUUUGUUCCAUUUCAGUUGGGGUAGUUGGUGACAUUUGCCGUGCGUUGGAUGACAAGAUCCUGCCAUAUUGUGAUGGGAUCAUGACUCUUCUUCUCAAGGAUCUCUCCAGUGGUGAACUGCACCGCUCAGUUAAACCUCCCAUAUUCUCCUGCUUUGGGGAUAUUGCCCUUGCAAUUGGCGAACACUUUGAGAAGUACAUUAGUUAUGCUUUGCCAAUGAUGCAAAGCGCUUCAGAAGUGUGUGCGCAGAUGGAUAACAGUGAUGAGGAGAUGAUGGACUAUGGCAAUCAGCUGAGGCGCAGCAUUUUUGAGGCUUAUUCUGGAAUUCUUCAGGGAUUCAAGAAUUCCAAGCCUGAUCUGAUGCUACCCCAUGCUCCUCAUCUCCUGCAGUUCCUGGAACUGGUCGCCAAAGACAAGCAGAGGGACGAGAGUGUAACUAAGGCAGCAGUAGCCGUAUUGGGUGAUCUGGCAGAUGCUCUUGGUUCAAACAUAAAGGUUUUGGUCAAGAAUAGUUCAUUCUGCACAGAGUUAUUAGGUGAGUGCCUUCAGUCUGAUGAUGACCAGCUGAAAGAAACAGCAACAUGGACCCAAGGGAUGAUUGGGCGUGCAUUUUCUGUCUGUGGCUGAGCAUUGUCUCUCAGCUGCCACUCUCUGUCCAUGGUGUUGUCCUCUUUUCCUUUGUUCUGACAAAGUCAUUGUCUCAUCCGGGUUCCAACAAAGAUGUUGGUUGAAGUCACGUAUGCUCAAGACUUGUGUACUGCUGGUGAAGAUGCAGAAAUGAUGAAAUUCUUUUCAUUGUCUGCUAAUUAUGGCAAAAUUUUGCUGCUCAAUCAUGUAUGCAUCUACAGCCACCAUGUUUUGGUGGCCUACUACUGCCAAUUAGUAUUAUUCAUUCAUGAAAUGGUACUAGUUCUCUUUAUGGACCCGGUCA